CUCACAGCCUCCAUCGGUCUCGACACACAGACAAGUUUUCUGCGUUCCAGUUAUAUUGACUUGCUCUGUGCGCUCUGACGUAAAACUUUGACGUAAAGCAUCCAGCAUCAGCUGCAACUAUGGCGCUCUUCGGUGACGAUGCCGACAGGGAGCAGUUCUUUGAGGCCGCUCGUCAGCAGGCGCAGCGCGAGUUCGAGGCGGACAAUGCAAAUGUGCAGGCUCUGGUUCGCUGGGGUGGAGCUAUGCUGGAGCUCGCGCAUUUCAAGCAAGGAGACGAGUCGACCGAUAUGAUCAAGGAGGCCAUCUCCAAGCUUCAACAAGCGAUUGCUCUGGACGGGGAGCGGCCAGAUGCGUACUGGUGCCUAGGCAACGCGUACACGUCUUUGGGCUUCCUGUGCCCAGACAAGUCCAAGGCGCUGCAGAACUUCGAUGAGGCCAAGAAGGCCUUCAAGCACUGCGCCGAUAAGGAGCCCAACAACGAGACGUACAAGAAGGCGCUGGAGAUGUGCGAGAAGGCUCCGGAGUACUACGACGAGAUCCAGAGCCACAUCGCCAUGCAGGGCGGACCGGGCGGCGACGGCGGCAAGGGCAAGGGCGGCGCCGCCGGGGGCGUUCAGAUCAGUGACUUCUGGUUUGACGUGGGCGGCUGGGUCAUCCUGGGUGCCGUGGUGGUGGGAGCGCUGCUGCUGGCCAAGGGCUCGGCGCCCAAGCCCACCGCGUCGUAAGGAGGGACUGAGCAGUGGAGGCGUGGGCGGGCGUUGCGGCUGUAGGGCACGGAGGGGCUCUGGUGAAGGUGGUGCCUGGCGGCUGCAGCAGCACUGAAGCAGGAGGAGGAGGAGAGGAAGGGGAGGGGGAGGAGGGAUUGGGGUUGGCCACGCGUACGCACACGAGGGCCGCGCAACAGGAGGGGUUACGAGCGUGGAUGUGGCUGAAGUGUUUCCGGAGCAUGAGCAGUGUGUAGCAGAUAUGUGGGGCACGGCCAGCGCACUUCAGAGUGAGUGGCUGUAGGGAAGCGCAGGAGGGCGUCGAGAUGACAUGUUGAUUGUGCAUGUAUCAUGUUUGCAGCGCGCGUGCGUUGCAUUGCUAAGAUCUCAUAGUUGUUUCCAAGGUUAUGUUGUUCGGACCGGUGCCGGAAUGGAUGAAUGAAUUGUGCCACGUCUUGUGGUGCGGUGUCGGUGGUGACGUGUGCCCCACGCACGGUGGCCAUGUCGACCCGAUACGCUUGUGCGGGGCGGAGCUUUGGCCCCACUUCAUGCGUGGUCGUAUCAGGAGCCGUGCUUGAGGUUGCAUCGGGAUCGGAGGAAAG